AUGAAGAACCCAAGAAAUCAACUGAUGAAUCUGCGUGGUGAGUAUGAACAGAAGCGAAAUCCGAAAUCAAAAGAUACAAAGGGUAAUGAAGCUUCAGGAUCAAAAGGAAAAGGCAAACUGGAUGAUGAUGAUGAAGAAGAAGAAGAAGAUUUGUCUAAAGGGUCCCAUCUUAAAAGAAAGAAAUGUGAGCAAGAGCUUGUUGAGAAUCUACAGGCCCUAUUCCCUCAUAGGUCGAUGGAGCAUAUUUUGAACGAAGCUAUUGACAAUUUGAAUGUUUACUGGUUGGAAGCAGUUGCUUCGUUUGAAUUGGAAAACACUUCAGAGUCUCAGCUCGACUUUCCAUUAACUCUGAAGGCCUUUUUAUUCCGAUGUUUUUAUAAGGUUGAGAAAGCUCCCGAUUCAGAUAACGAUCCCAAUCUCAUGCUUAUCUCCUUUUAUCUCAAGCAUAGAAAGCCCCAAAUCUAA